GUUUUUUUGUAAGCUCCAGAGUGAAAGAAAGUGGCCAAAAUCUCUCUCUCUCUCUCUGAAGAUGAAAGGAACAGAAAAAGUAGCGGUGUAUUCGCCCUGGAGCUGGUCCUGUGGUGUGUGUGUAGUCGGGGCCUUGCUCUCAGCAGCUUUGCUUCUACGUGGUUUGGUCAACAGAAGAGGAGCCGGCAAUGCUCUAACUCUGGUUGAGGAAGUCGAAGAAGCUGACAGUUCAUUUCUGAAAGCUUUCCAUCCCAUUCCACCUUGCUCUGCAAGGCCAGCUGCACAUCUGACCGUCAAAAAUUCAAGUGGAAGUAAUCUCCAGCACAUGGAAUGGGAGAGCAAGAUUGGCUUGGCUUUCACCAAAAAUGGACUUAUUUACCGAAACGGCACGUUGGUUGUGCCGGUGGCUGGCCAGUAUUACGUGUACUCUCAGGUCUACUUGGGUAGUCGGGGCUGCACGCAGGACAACCAUCUGAUCAGCCAUGUCAUCAAGAGAACCCCCCGGCCAGGCUCGGGCUCAGGGCCGGUCACUCUGGUCAGUAGGACCGUCCGGUGUCAGAGUGCAGCCACCGACAUCUGGCUCCAAACCAGCCACAUCGGAGGAAUGUUCAUGUUCGACCAGGGAGACCAACUCUUUGUGCAGGUUUCCGACCCGACCUAUCUGAGCAUUGACAUAAAUAAAAUCUUCUUCGGGAUCUUUUUGUGGGAAACCCUGGAGAAAGCAGACGGUCUUUACCCUUCUCCCUCUCACAUUGGACAGUGAAUUUGUAACAGAUGAUUUCAUUUGUAAUCCAAAGCAUUCAUAUCUACAAAGGCAUUAAAUAGUGUUUCACAUGU